UUUCUCUAUGAGCAGUUGAAGAUUUUGAAUACUAACUCUCUCUCUCUCUCUCUUCCAAAGUCUCAAAACUCAUUUCCAAAUUUUUCAUCUCUCUCUUCCUACCUAAUCCAUCACAUAUUCUCACCAAUAUAACCUUCCUCAAAUAUAUAUAUAUAUACACACAAACAUUUCAAUAUCAAAUACAAACUAUAUGUGAAUAUUAAUUGUAGAUUACUCUAGUAGCUACAAUUAAAACUUAUUUACUCUUGAAAUAACAUGACAAUGAUGAAAAUGAUAUUGAAAACAAUUUUGCCAUCAAGUUGUUUCAAAGGUGAGUAUCCAUCACCAAAGUCAAAGAAAGUGGUAUCAACAAAACCAAGAAGUUCUUCAAUAUCAUCUCAUAGGAUUCCUAUAACGGAGUUGAGUAAUCCAAACUCAACACUUUCAGAGGAUCUAUCUAUUUCUCUAGCAGGAACAAAUAUUCAUGCUUUUACAGUUGCUGAGCUUAAGAUAAUCACACAACAAUUUUCUUCAAGUAAUUUUCUUGGGGAAGGUGGGUUUGGUCCUGUUCAUAAGGGGUUUAUAGAUGAUAAACUAAGGUAUGGUUUGAAGGCUCAACCGGUUGCUGUUAAGCUUUUGGAUUUGGAAAGCAAACAAGGUCACAAAGAGUGGUUGACUGAAGUUGUUGUUCUGGGGCAAUUGACUCAUCCACACCUUGUGAAGCUAAUAGGAUACUGUUGUGAAGAUGAACAUAGGCUUUUGGUAUAUGAAUAUUUACCAAGAGGAAGUUUGGAAAAUCAAUUAUUUAGAAGAUUCUCAGCAUCAUUACCAUGGUCAACAAGAAUGAAAAUAGCUGUUGGAGCUGCAAAAGGUUUAGCCUUUCUUCAUGAAGCAGAGAAACCAGUUAUUUUUAGAGAUUUCAAAGCUUCAAACAUCUUGUUAGACUCUGAUUAUAAUCCAAAACUCUCUGACUUUGGGUUGGCAAAAGAUGGCCCUGAAGGAGAUGACACCCACGUUUCAACCAGAGUUAUGGGUACUCAAGGUUAUGCUGCCCCAGAAUAUGUCAUGACAGGUCACUUGACAGCCAAGAGUGACGUGUACAGCUUUGGAGUAGUUUUAUUGGAGUUACUAACAGGAAGAAAAUCAGUGGACAAAAAUCGUCCUCCAAGGGAACAAAACCUAGUAGAUUGGGCUAGACCAAUGUUAAAUGAUUCAAGAAAAAUUAGCAAAUUAAUGGAUCCAAAACUUGAAGGACAAUAUUCCGAAAUGGGCACUAAAAAAGCAGCUUCAUUGGCUUUUCAAUGCCUUAGCCAUAGACCAAAGAGUAGGCCCACAAUGAGCAAUGUUGUUAAGAUUUUGGAACCUUUACAAGAUUUUGAUGAUAUUCCAAUGGGACCUUUUGUUUACCAUGCUCCAAUUGAUAACAUUGAAGUGAAUAAAGAAAAAGAAGUUAAGGAAUAUGAAACACCUAAGGAGAGGAAUAGGGAAAAUGGUCGCUAUCAUAGGAACGGUCAUCGGCAUCAUCCACUUAAGUCUCCUAAAUCGCCGAAUCCUCAAUUACAACUGCAAUUACAGGCACGACAACGUUUGCAAAAUGACAGACACCGAAAUGGUAGAGGAAGCAGGUCGAAUCCUCCUUCGCCGCAUACAAAAGGCUAGGCAAACAAAAAUUUAUAUUUUGUACAUAAAUAGAUAUUUGGAUUUUAAUAGUGUACAAAAUACUAUAGCCUAAGAGUAGACAAAGACAAGGGAGAAAAAAUAAGUGUGGGCGUGUAAUUGUCGUGGACAUCACAUGGAAGAUUAAGAUAUAUAUGCUUGAGUUAUUAGUUUUAUUUUUUUAUUCUUCAAUUUAAAGAGGAAUUAAUAAUUAUUUUAAGUUUGUGUAUAUACAAAUAUAGAAUAAUACAUUUUGCUUCUUGGUGAAAACAAAGAAUGGUUCAACAAA